AUGACAUUAUCCAAAUUCCAAUCAUCCAAUUUAUUCAAGCCAAUCAAGAUCGGCCAAACCACUGUGCGUCACCGUAUUGCCCAAUUACCAGCAAGUAGAAACCGGGCUUCAGGACACGUCCCUACAGAUCUUAUGAAACAAUACUACACUGAUCGUGCCCGCCACGCUGGGUUGAUCUCCACUGAAGCAACCUUGAUCUCGCUUGAACAAGGUAUCUACCCUAUGAUCCCUGGUAUUUUCAACGAAAGACAGAUGAAUGCAUGGAAAGAAAUCGUUGACGGCGUGCAUGAACAAGGGGCUGUCUUUGCUUUGGAAUUGCAAGCUUUAGGUAGAGUUGGGGACGCUAAGCUUUUGAAAGAGGCUGGAUUGCCAUUGACUGGACCUAGUGCCAUUUACGAAAAUGAAGAAAAGGGGAAAGUGGCUAUUGAAGCAGGUAAUCCUAUUCAGGAAUUAACUGAAGCUGACAUCAAGGAUAUUAUUUAUAGACAAUAUACUAAUGCUGUUAAGUUGGCUAUGGAAGCUGGGUUUGAUUUUGUUGAAUUGCAUGGUGGGUACGGAUACUUGCUUGAACAAUUUAUUCAUCCUGGUGUCAACAAGAGAACUGAUAAAUAUGGUGGCAGUAUUGAAAAUAGAGCCAGGUUCUUGUUGGAAUUGGUUGAUCAUUUAAGUACUAUUAUUGAUCCUGCUAAGUUAGCUGUUCGUUUUACUCCAGUCAAUUUCUUCCAAGUUCCAGGAGCCAAUCCAACUUCCCAAGAAGAUUACUCCUACAUCGUUUCUGAAUUACAAAAAAGGGCAGACGAAGGUAAGAAAUUGGCUUAUAUUAGCAUUGUUGAUGGUACAUUUGCUGAUGCAACCAUGGACAAGACGGUGGCUUUGGAUUUUGGAUAUAUCCACAAGAUCUGGAAAGGGAUUAUCAUUCGUGGUGGUAAUUACCACAAUGACCAAGAAAAUUGGGCAGUCCUUGAAAGAGACGCCAGUGCUGAUGAUCGCACUUUGGUUGGGCUCUGUAGACAUUACGUUGCAAAUCCUGAUUUACCUGAAAGAAUCAAGAAAGGGUUGCCAUUGAAUGAAUGUGAUAAGCCUAAUUUUUACACUCCUUCUAAUUGGGGAUAUAACACCUAUCCAUUUUACGGUCAAGAUGUCACCUUUGAUGAAGAAGUUGAAAAAAAGAAAUUUGGUAUUCCUUUAGUGUGA